UAUUUUUCAUCUCAGCUCAACACUGACUUCACAAAACCAUGGCGACACACCUUCGUCCUCUCCUUCCCUCAAAAUCCUUCUCUUUUCCUCUCCUCAAAUCCUUCUGCACCUCUUCCACUCCAGACACCACCACCCAAACUCACCUUCUCGAAGAGCUCCGAAAUAUUCGGAUCCUCAUUCAGCAGAAACGGACCGAAACCGCCAAUAAACGCCUCAAACUCCUGAUACCUCAUCAUUCAGUUUCGGAGCUCUUUGCUUCCUUCUCGCAGUUGUCUCCACUGCCGGAUAUCAAACCGGAUUUUUCCGACGCGCUUCUUACGGUUUACGCGAAGGCAAAGCUUCCAAAUGAGGCCGCUGAGAUGUAUAGUUUGGUUAGAAGAGACGGCGCUUUCACCUCGCUAUCGGCUUUCAAUGUGCUUCUCCAGUCUCUGGUGGAUUCGAAUCAAUUCGAUAGGACCCUCGGGAUUUUUGCGGAAGCCAUGGAUUGCGGUGUGUGGAUGGAUAAGUUCAGCUACGGGAAAGCGAUACAGUCCGCCGUGAAAUUGGGGGAUUUGGAGAAAGGUUUCGAAUUGAUGGAUGUGAUGAAGAAACGCGGGAUCAGGGCGAAUGGGUUUGUGUACAACGUUUUGAUAGGUGGGUUGUGUAGGGAGAGGAGAGUGCGUGAUGCGGAGAAUCUGGUCGAUGAAAUGUCGCAGUUGAAUAUAUCUCCGAAUAGAGUGGCGUACAAUAGCUUAAUUGAGGGGUAUUGUAAAGUAGGCGAUAUAGAGAAAGCGUUUGAUAUGAGAGAAAGGAUGAAAUGUGACAAUGUGGAGCCAAAUCUUACGACAUUCAACACUUUGCUUGGGGGGCUUUGCAGAGUGGGGAGAAUGGGAGAGGCUGAGACGAUUUUGGACGAUAUGCGUGCCCACGGCUUCGUGCCAAAUGGAUUUACUUAUAGUAUUCUCUUUGAUGGGCACUCUAGGAGUGGUGAUCUCGGGGCUUCAAUGGCGUUGUAUGAAGCUGCGGUGGAGAAAGGGUUGAAGAUGAACGAGUACACGUGUAGCAUCUUGAUGAAUGGGUUGUGCGAGGGAGGGAGGAUGGAGAGAGCGGAGGAGUUCUUGAGCAAGUUGAAGGAGCACGGGACCGUGAUCACUGUUGUGAUAUUGAACACCAUGAUCAAAGGCUAUUGCAAGGUGGGAAAUGUGGAUAAGGCAGUUUUGGCUGUUGAUGGCUUGGAGAGGGAAGGGGCGACUCCAAGCUGCGUCACGUAUGACACGAUGAUCAACCAUUUCUGUGAAUUGGGUCGGAUGGAGGAGGCGCAUGAGUGGGUAGGAAGGAUGAAGGCGAAGGGUCUUUCCCCUGUUGUGCAAACGUUUAACAUCUUGAUAGAUGGAUAUGGCCGUGUUUGCCAGUUUGAAAAGUGUUUGCAGAUUCUUGAUGAAAUGGAAACUGAUGGAUUGAAGCCCAACGUUGUCACCUAUGGAUCUCUGAUCAAUAGUUUCUGCAAGAACGGGCGCAUUCUUGAAGCCGAAGUUAUGCUCAAAGACAUGCUUAAGAGAGGGAUUCUACCCAAUGUUCAGAUAUACAAUAUGCUUAUCAGUGGCCAUUGUAUGGGAGGAAAUAUUGAGAAUGCUUAUAAAUUUUUUCAUGAGAUGUCGAGGAAUGGUGUAUCUCCCACCAUUGUGACGUAUAACGUGCUUAUAAAUGGGCUCUGCAAGAUAGACAAGUGUUUGGAAUUGUUUGAGAGGAUGAAAGAAUCGGGCCUGAAGCCUACAUUGAGAACUUACUAUCCUUUGAUAAGCGUGUUGAAGAAGGAGAGGCUUGAUCUUGUUGAGAAGAUUGUUGCAGAAAUGUCCCAGUUGGAGCUGGCUCCUGAUCAGGUGGUGUGCAAUGAAAUGACAUGAGAGAGUAAGUAACUAAGUAUCCUAUUAUUAGCUGAUUAUUGGAAACCCUCAUGACAAGAUGACUUAUAAUAACUUGAUUGGAGGAGGCUUGCAAAAUGGGAAUGGCCGAAUGGGUUUGUGCAUGGAGCAGGGGAUUCUUUGAUGAAAUGGUUGGUGGAGUCUUGGUCCCCCGAAGGCUGAAACUUUUAGCGCGGUGGUUGAAUGCCAUUCCAAGCUCAAGGAUGUUGUUGGCGCUGUGCUCACUUGUGGGCUUAGACAGGAUGAAGAGUGGAAACCGUUGGCUCUGAAAUGGGUUUAAAAGGGAGUUGGGUUUGCAUUUAGGAUGAGUGUAUUUCAGCUGUGUAUUAGGAUUUGCAUUGUACAUCACAGCAAAGAUAUAUAGAAUAGGAUUGGUCACAAUUGGCCAAUAAUUAAUUAGAUGCCAUGCCACUGGUAUUUCUGAGAUUUAGAGUUGACGUGUUUUUCUACUUUGCAAUGUGUAAAUAAAGUAUUUUUCUAGAUUAA